CGCAGCCUUGGGGAGCUCUUCCGGCGCCCGCUCAAGCCUUGGGUGCGCCCCAUCGCCUCCCAUGACAUGGUCAGCCCGGCAGAUGGCCGGAUCGUGCACCUGGGCCGGGUGCGGAGGAGCCGCCUGGAGCAGGUGAAGGGCGUGACGUACUCUCUGGAGAGCUUCCUGGGGCCCCAGGACUGGAGGGGAGACGGGGGCCGAGGUUUCUCCCCACAGUGGCGCCCGGGGCACCGGCUCUAUCAGUGCGUCAUCUAUCUGGCGCCAGGCGACUAUCACCGCUUCCACUCGCCCACUGACUGGCACAUCCAGCACCGCCGGCACUUUCCCGGCUCCCUGAUGUCGGUGAGCCCCAGCGUGGUGCGCUGGAUCCCGGGGCUGUUCUGCCACAACGAGCGGGUGGUGCUGAGCGGGGAGUGGGCCCAUUGCUUCUUCUCCUUCACUGCCGUGGGGGCCACCAACGUGGGCUCCAUCCGCAUCUACUGUGACCAGGACCUGCGCACCAACUGUGCCCGCCACGUGCAGGGUGGCUACCACGACUGCAGCUACACAGCAUGGGCGGGGCCAGCCGGGGUCCCCGCCCCCAAGGGGGCUGGCCUGGGCGAAUUCAACCUGGGCUCCACCGUCGUCCUCCUUUUCCAGGGGCCCCGGCACUUUGGCUUCCGCACCAGCGCUGGGCGCAGGGUGCGGGUGGGGCAGGCGCUGGGCAGCCUGUGACACAGUAGGCAGGGGGGCAUGUCCUCAUUUCAGGGGGAGCUCAGUGGGGGAGGCGCCCCAGAUUUAGUAGGGUACAGGGAGAGGACACUGGACUUGUGAGAGAAGGGAAACCACAAUUUCUGAUGGGAGAACUGGACCCCUCUUUACUGAAGGGGAGUGAAGGGGUCCCCAUUCCAGUGGCCGCCUCAACUUUCUCCUGGGGAACGGGGGGGCUUUAGGCUCCCCUUCACAGCCAUGGAGGCAACAUAGGUGGGACCCUCAUCUUAGCAGGGAAGGGAUUUUAGGAGGUGGGGGCACCAGGAGCCCUACUUUCAGGAGGGGAUAGAGAGAGACUCCCCUCUUUUCAGUGAGGGAAUAUGAGGUGUCUCCAUGCCCACUUUGAUUCUAAUGGGGAAAAGGGGGAUACUUGGUUUUAAGGGGUCCCAAAUUCAGAGGGGAAGGCAUGGGGGGGGGAUCCGAAUCCCCUUAAUUCCCGUGAGGGAUGAUGUGAUCCUAGAUGCUUUGGGAUUGAAAUCUGGGGGAAACUUUUGCACUGUCCCCUCUGCAUCCCUCCCCACUCCAUCCCUGCACCACAAGGGGGGGGCUGAGCGCCAGAGGGGCAGCAUAUCUCUGAAAUAGAGCUUUCUAUUUUCAUAUACAGCCU